AUGACUACUGCCAAUAAUUUUUCGUUCAAAAAAUCAGCUGAUAAAAAUAAUACUCAGGGCUGCCAAAGUGACGAUGAUAUGGAAAAUGAUUUAACAUACCAUUAUUCAAAUUUAACACAAAUUGACUUGAAUGCUCCUAGUAGUAUUUAUGAGAAUUUUAAGAACAAUGGUGAUUUACCCAGUCAGAAAUUUUUUUUCAAAUCAGAUCCACUUGAGAGAGAAGAUGAAAAUUCUUCUGUAGAUCCAUUGGAUCCUUUAGAAGUGGGAAAUGAUUGUCAUUAUGAAGAUGCAAUGAAUAUAGACCCUUUUUCUGAUAUAAAAGAAGUAUACGAUUCAAAUUUAUUGACUGACAACUGCGUCAAUAUUGAUGAAAGUUUAUUUGUGAUUAAAAAUUUAAAUCAAGAUUCAGAUGAAUUUUAUACCUCACCUUCCGGUUUUAAUUCAUUUAGCUUGAAAAAAGAUCGUUGGACAGACAAAUAUAAAAAGAGAAGCAUGAAAAAACAAGUUUAUAGUUUAAAAAACAAAAUUAAUUGUUCGAAAAAAAAUAACAAGCUUAAGCAAGUAUCCAUAGUCAAGGAUUGGGAUAUUAUUUUAAAAAAGUACAAUCCUGUUGUACUGCUUGAAAGAAUUACGAUUCCUAGACAAGCUUUGAGUUCAUCAACUGCAGCAGCCAAUCAUAAAAUUACCACAAAAAAAAGGUCAAUUAAAAAAUGUGAAAAAUCUUUUCUCAACUGCGGACAUUGCGAAGCGACUUUUACUUCGAAUGCCUGUUUAGAUUCACAUGUACGAACUCACGUGGACAACACGCGGUCUACAUGUCAAAUUUGCUCUGUUAAGUUCGAUCGUAGAAGUGAUUUUGACCGUCACCUGCGAAUUCAUGCGCGUGAAAAGGAAGAUUACUUUAAAGAUGAGCAGUUUAAAUGUGAAUUUUGUUUUGCAGAAUUUUCUAAUAGAAGUCUGUUUCAAAAUCACAUGCAAAGUCAUAUGGGUGGAAGAGUAUUCAAGUGUCAUGAAUGCUCAGCAAAAUUUCAUCAGAAAAAAGACUUGACUUAUCAUUUGAAAAUUCAUACAGAAAAUAGUUUAUAUGAAUCUAAGAGUUGUUCAGUAACAUUUGAUCAAAAAAAUCAGCUACACAUUCAUAUGCAGACUCAUUUAAAAAAAUUAAAAGUCGAACCUGGAAUUGAUUCAGCCUUACUCGAUCAAGACAAUCAUUUGAUUAAUCAUGUAGAUAUGACAGAAAAUAUACUCGAGUGUGAAACUCUUAUUGAAUUUAAACAGGAAAGUAAUUUUAUUAAUUGUGAUCCUUUGGAAAUUCCUACUGAAAAUGAACAGUUGCUUAUUCAAGCAGAUACGAGUGAAUUUAAAUGUGCAAUUUGUUCAAAAAAGUUUAAUGAGAAAAAUCAAUUAGAUGAUCAUCAUAUGCUAUUUCAUACAGAAAAAGAAACAUUACAACGUGAGGAAAUUCUUUCAGUCGUAUUUAAUCAAAAAGAAGAUUUGAAUGAUAAUAUGGAUAAUCGAGCUGGAUCUGAAGCUUCGUUGGAAUUUAAUCAAGAAAAUGAUUCAGUUGAUCCUUUGGAAACUAACGAUGAGAAAGAAGAAUUCAAAUGUGAGACUUGUUCAGAAUUAUUUAAUCAAAAAGAACACUUGGAUGAUCACGCAAGAACCCACGCGGAAGAAGAUCAAUUUAAAUGCGACAACUGCUUUGCAAAAUUCAAUGAAAAAAAUGAAUUGGACAAGCAUAUGCAAUCGCAUUCAAAUAAUAGAACAUACAAAUGUUACGUUUGCUUAGCAAAGUUUACUCAGAAAAGUCAUAUUGACAGUCAUAUGCGUGUUCACUCUGACAAAAGGAUGUUCAAAUGUGACAUUUGUCAAUUAGGGUUCAAACGCAAAAGUACUUUAGAUGAUCACCUUCGAAAAGUUCACGAAGGAGAACUGCCAUUUAAAUGCAAUCUUUGUUCAGCGAAAUUUAAUAAAAUACACAGUUUGAAUGUACACAAACGGAUCCAUUCGGAGGAAAAAGCUUUCGCAUGCCAUAUUUGUGCGAUGAAAGUAAAAUCCAUAGCUUCUCUCAGUCAACACAUGCUUCUUCAUACGGAUUCAAAGCCUUUUUACUGCAAUAUCUGUAACAUGAAAUUCAAAGACAGAAAAGAUGUGAAAACUCAUAAGCUUACUCACCGAGAAUUAAAGCCAUUUAAGUGUGACAAGUGUCCAGCGGCGUUUGAAUAUGUAGGCUCUUUGAAUAAACAUAGAGAGAUUCACACGGGAAAAUUAAUUUUUGAAUGCGAUCUUUGUCUGGAAAAAUUCAAACGCGAAAAUCACUUGCGCACGCAUAAGCUUAUUCACUCAAUAAAUCAAUCGUUUCAAUGUGAUGUAUGUUCGGCUAAGUUUUCUUUAAUGAAACAUUUAGAAGCUCAUAAACAAAUGCAUAUUCUGAGACCGUUUGGGUGUGAGUUUUGCCCAGCAACCUACGCCAGGGAAUCAAAUUAUAAGAUGCACAUGAGACGUCAUGCUAAUAUACGAACAUUUGAUUGUGAUAUUUGUUAUGAAGACUUUAAACAUCCAGAUUGGUGCCAGCACAAGCAGGAAAUAGGUCAUUCAAAGGCGAUAUCACCCUAA